UUGUCUCAACUGAACUAAAACUAUUCACUCAAUGUUCUCCAAGAAAAAGAUUUGAAGCUCAAUUAUCAAGUUUUUCAUCAUCUUGACAGUUAAGUCUUUUUGAGUCUGCCUGCAGAAUGACAAGUUGCAGUAUGGCAUCUGCUGCUUCAAGUUUUGUGGUGACACCAAAUGUCACUUCUAACACAACCACAGUCAAGCCCAAUAUGGUUAUGUUACCUAUUCAAAACACAAGAGGUUCAAGAUUGGUUCUAAAGGCGGCUGAAGACGCGGCACCACCGGCUGUCACCGUUGAAGCGGCCAAGGAAGAGAAGCCGAAGCCACCACCAAUUGGACCUAAGAGAGGAGCCAAGGUGAGAAUUCUUAGGAAGGAGUCAUACUGGUUCAAAGGAGUGGGAUCAGUUGUGACUGUUGAUCAGGACCCAAAAACUCGUUACCCCGUUGUUGUGAGGUUUAACAAAGUGAACUAUGCAAACGUCUCAACCAACAACUAUGCAUUGGAUGAGAUCCAAGAAGUUUAGAAUGAGUUUCUUGAUCAUGUUGUGAUUGUAGAAUGCCUCACAUUUCAAGCUUUUGCAACAUAUUUAUCAAUGAAUUUGUAUUAUAUUCUGUGUGUGUUUCUUAGGCUCCUAAAUAUAUGGUUUUACUGAACAUUGGUUUAAACAUCA